CUCAGGAAGAUCCUCCAGCUUCCAGACUUUCCCAGUAAAAGAAACCUCCACCUGAGGAGCAAACCUGUGGAGCAGAGGAGGCAGGAGCUGGAGGGUUACCUUCAGGACAUCAUUUAUCAGAAUGAAGAUGUGCCUCAGGUGCUGCUGGACUUCCUCCACCUGAAACACUUUCACACAGGAAACAAGAUCAGCAGCAUGGAGUCUCUGGAUGAACUGGACAGUCAGGAAUCCAACUUUGAGCUACCAAAUCAGCCGGUGUUGGGUUUCUUUCAGGAUCCGUAUCUUCCUGAAUGCUCAUCAGGCCUCCCAGACAUCAUCAUGGACGGGGUUCUUCAGGGGUUUUACCCCCGAGACAUUCGGGUCAGUUUCAACGCCUCCACCCUCCAUGAACAUGAGCCUACACGUUCUGUAGAGGCCUGAUGCACCAUCAGCCACAGAAUCCAGAGGGGAAGAUGAAUGAAAUCCUACAAAUAAACAAUACAGCCUUGGAACAGUUAAAUCUGUCCCCUGCUUUUGUUGCAGUGAUACUUCAACCUCUCUGCUUCCAGCACAUUUCACACUCUUUCUUUGGAAUUGGUAUCAGUUGACAAAAAACCCCAAAAAAGUGAGGAUCCAAAUCAUCACUACUUUGAUGCUAACAUCUGUAAAGACAUGACUACAGUGUACGUGGAUGGAUGCUCAUUCCACCACGACAAAAUCUGCAAAGCUGGUGUUGGAGUGAUCCUACUCCCAGACCAACAACAAGAAACUUUUAGUUUCAAAUUAGGCUCUUGGUCCUCUCAGUACGCUGAGAUUGCUGGUAUCAUAGUAACCCUCCAGAUCAUAUUUGAUUGACGCAGAUGAUGCUCCCCAUACAUCUUUUGUACCAACCUGGUGACACCACUAUGGCGACAGCCUAAACCACACAACAGUACAUGAAAGAUUUGGAGAAACAUCUAAAAACACCUUUGCUUUUGCUCAAAGAAACCUCGAGAAGUCCGCGGAGGGACGCAAAACAUACUGUGACCAAAAAGCCUCUCACGAAGAACUCCAGGUGGGAGAAAAAGUCUGGUACUAUGUGUUCGCCCUAACACAGGGGCAAAGAGAGUCCAGGACUGGAACUCUCGCUCGCAAACUAAUGCCCAGGUGGACUGGACCCCACCUGAUAACAGAKAAACUGUCUUCAGUUGUCUACCAGAUCAAAAUCAGCAAAGGACAAAAGGAACCAAUCACCAAAUGGGUCCAUCGCAACCAAAUCAAACCUUACAAGAUGUUCGAUAGUCUAACAAAAGAUCAAGAUCUCGUCACCAAAUCAAACACCCUUCAAUCAAAAACACCCUAAAAAGGUAAAUAGGUCUUUAAAACAGAUCUAAAAGAGAAAACUCUUGUAAAACUUAGAAACAAUAAGUCUAGAGUUAAGCCUUAAAAGAUUUUCAAAUAGGUCAUAACAACCAGUUAAAUAAACUCUAUUUAGCUCGACCAGCAGAAUGAGCUGAAGUAUUUUUAACAUCUUAUUGCUUAGCUACUAACUUGGUUGAUGUGCGUAUGUUCUAAACCUUUCAUUGUUAGUAAUCUGUUCGACACGGGAAUAACAUCACUGUGGGACGGUGAAUAGCAUUGUACUGGUUCUGAGCACCCACAGCCAAGAAWUCGAGGUUUUGUAUUGCUGUUAAUGAAUGGAAGUCUAAUAUGAAAUUUGACUAUGCCAACAUGCAGUGAUUGAUAAGUCUCACAUAUUUACAGAGCAAUGUAGAUUAAUGCUACCUUAGGUUCCGUAACCUACAUUGACCACACCUUUUUGUUUUCACCUCGACCCUGCUCGAAACAACACCAAUCGGGGGGGCUAUCUAAUCUUUAAAAUGAGUCUUGACAUUGACUCCAAAAAUGAUAAGGGAAAUGUUGUGACAUGAUUUAGCAAGAAUGCAGAAACACGUUGGAAUAAAUGCACAGAAAGUCUGUGUGUAUGGUCAUCAAAUGAUUUAAUUCUGAGCAACAACAGAGCAGAAGUCAAUCAGGAAAUCUGCUGAGUUGUGACUGGCGCAUCAGCGGAAAGCAGCCAAUAAUAUAACAUCAUGAUAACAUCAUGUGACAGUUUACAACCAAUCACAAAUCGCCAUCUGUAACCAUCUAACCAAUGACAGGGCUGUCAGCUUGGAAACACCUUAUCAGAAAUUAAAGAGGUCAUACAUUGCUGGAGUCUAGAAGUCUGGCCGAUAGAGUAAAACAGCUGAAACUAGUUAUAAUAAGAUAAGAUUACUGGACAGUGUCAAGGUAGAACAGAUAUACAUAAUUAAUCCAUAACAAUCCCUCCUAUUGAGUAAACAAUACUGAAAACCAAACCAAAUGGAAUAAUUAUGAAACGUCCAAACACAAAUGUAUCACCCAACAACAAAUACAAUGGAAAAAUAAGGGAAAAAUAGUGCAAGUCAAAUGACGACCAAAACCAGAUACAUACAAUCAAUGUAAGAUACAACACGAAAAAGGCAUUAAUGACAAAUGAAACAUUAUUACACAUCAGAAGAAUCAAUGAAGAAAAACAUGUUGAAAUUAAAAAAACUUAAAAGUCCAAACCUCAGACAAGGUAUCACAACACAAGUUCUGCCUCCCAGUGAAUUAGAUGACAUGUUCCACUUAUGUGCUAUCAGAAUCUUACCUUGGAUAAAGUGUUAACUUAAUAACAACUAGUUGUCAAUAAAUGAACCUUAAGUAAUGCAAAUUUGGACAAUGUGCAAAAUUCAGUUCCCACCCCAUGCAAUUCAAAAUCACUAAAAACAAAACCACAGAGCCCAUAAGGCAUGAACUCAAAAUGCAUGGAUUACUGGCAUGUGCUGGCUCGUGCAAUGAAGAGAAGAAAACAAAAACAAAAGUUUAAAAAAAUAAACAAAAA